AUCCUCUUUUCUUCUCUGAGGAGUUAUAUCAAAUUCAUAUCAUUACCAUAGAACAGAGCUCGAGUUUAAUGUAUAAAUACGUUUACAUUUUCUAUUUUCAGUUUCGAAGAAAAUGGCUGAAGCUGAUAUUUGCAUGAUAUGUCUAGGUUCUCUCCAUGACGGAAGAGAUCUUUUGACAACAAGCUGUAAACAUAUGUUUCAUGUGAAAUGUAUUUCCGAGAAUGCCAAUAAGAAUAAUAAUAAAUGUCCGAUCUGUCGACAAUCUGUUCAGUCAUUUGGCAAUAUAUUUACUGGUUAUUCUGAUGAAUUAGAAAAGUCAAAAAAGACGCCUUUAUCAAAUCAGGAUGAUGAAUCUAGUUGGGAAUGUCUAGUUUGCACUUUUAAAAAUUGUAUUAACGAUAUCGUAUGUCUGAUGUGUGAGCAAGGUGUGCGUCCCCUACCAGUAAAAAUAAAAGCAACUGAUGAUACAAGAAAACCUUUUGAAGAAAAAUUACGAAUUACACCAAAGUGUAUAUCGUCCUUUUGCAAUACACAAGAUCCAUCAAGCAAUACACUUUGUGAAGAAUAUUUGCGUUCGAAAUUUUCAUCGUUAUCCAUUCCAGAAGUUCGAAAUAAUUCACCAUUAACGUUACGAGAUUAUUCUUCAAAUCCGCCUAAUAUAAUUGAUCUAACACGGAUGGAUACUGAGGAAAUCGAAUUGCAUCCAACAGAAUGGUGCUGUGGGAUAUGCGACUAUCCAAACAAUUUAAGCGAUUAUGAACGAUGUGUCUAUUGUCAACAAGGUCGCCGGCCUUUCGCAGUUUCACCACCAUCGUCUGAGUUUAAAAAAGAAUCCGUUAUAUAUAACAAUAAUAAUCCAUACGCAAGACCAGAUGCACCAAAGUCACAACUGCCAUAUCCUGAAAAUGACCGAUAUCCAUCUGCUGUUGCAAAACAGAAACCACAAACCAUCAAGCCAAUUAUCACACAUGUCUAUCGUCCAACAGAAACAACAAUAGUUGACAACGAAAAUUCUGCAUCAUCAAUCGUGUAUAUUCCAGAUUUACCAGGAGACAAAACCAACACUGAACUUGAACAAGCCAUUCGUUCACGUUUAAAAACUGUUCAUCACAUUGAAGUUUCAAAAGUCGAAUGUUUUUCAGAUUUAGGUGUUGGAAUUGUCUAUCUAGAAAACAACAAAGAAAAAGAUUAUUUAGUUAAUAAUUUACAACGUCUUAUAUUAUUUCUAAACGAUAAUAUUACAGUAACAUGUGCCGAACAACUUGAAGUAACAUGUUAUAUUGUUUUGGAAAUAAGGAAACCUUUACCAAGUAUUGAUAAAAUUUCGGAACGAUGGAUAACUCUAUUUCCUUCACCUCACCGUCCUCAAUUUCAAACAUUAUCAAUACAAUUUCCAAAUAUUAUCCAAGUGAUAUCAUUUUCAAUAGAAGAAUUACAAUCUGUUGCGAAAUUUCAAGUUUUUUCAAUUGAAGAUCAUAUUGCACAUAUUUAUACUCAUGUUGAUUGUAGUUAUCUUGAAGAAUUACCUCGUACACAACCAAAAUUAGAUGAUAAUCAUUUAUUUUGUUAUAUUGCAUCACAACUUAACAUGUCCGAUCGCGCACGUACAAAUAAAGAUAUGUGUCAGGAACAAGCUAAUACUCUUCUUCAACAAAUACAAUCACUUCCAUCCAAUAUCAAAAAUUUAAAAUCUCAGUUCUAUAUUCAAUACAAUGAAGAAUCAUCUAAUGUCAUUAUUUUUGCUUCAAAUUCUUUACACAAUUGGCUCUCAAUGAAAUUUAUUAACAUAAAUGGUCAAUUAAUAUUCAAAGUAGCUCAUAUAGCUAGUAAACUUAUUAUUAAAUCAAUACCAUUUGAUUUUCCUCUUCAACUAAUUUUUAAUCAUCCAAUUUUCAAAAAGUCUAUUGAAGAGGAUGUUGCUAAAUUAAUUGGUGAACAUCUUAUUGUGGAAGUAAAUGACAAACGUAUCUAUGAUGAAUGUUUAAACAUUGGUGCUUUCGAAGUGACAGCGAGCGGUGAUCGAUUCACGUUACGUAUAAUUCCAUAUACUACUUUAGAAGAUCCUGAUAAUAGUGAGAUUACUAUUGAAAAUUGGUAUGGUACACGAAUGGAAAAGCAUAACCCCGAUAUUGCAGAAUUUGAUUCUCGCCAUCCAAUAUUUCAUUAUAAAUGGAAUUCAAAAAUUUGGCUUGAUCAAUUCAUACAAAAUAAAAGAGAAUCCGAACAAAUAAUAGAUCAACAUGAACGUCGUCGAAAUGAUUUUAUCAGACGGAUGCUUCGUGUUACAGUUAUGUUAAAUACAAUGGCAGCUUUACGUAAUGGUAAAUACACUCUGGAAGAUUCUACAACAAAAACAGAAGUUUUUAUUAAACCUCCAUCACCUCUUGAUACCGUUUUAUACAAUUCUCAAUCAAAAAUAAUAUCAUCUUCAAAAUUGAACCAGACGGCAACACCACCAUUUAAUUCUACUCAUGUACGGGUAUUAAACGAAGAUUGUCUCAUUUCAUAUAAUACACUUGCUUCAUCUGGUAUGAAACCACUUCUUCUUAAUAUGGCUAAUGCAACAACACCUGGUGGAGGUUAUCGAAAAGGUGAUGGUGCUCAAGAAGAAAACCUUUUUCGUCGUUCAAACUAUUACAUGAGUCUUGAUUACAAUAUGGAUACUGAACAAGGUCAAUCCAGUAAGAACAAAAGAAGUUAUUGCUCGUCUACAGGACAAGUAAUAUCAAUGAAUACUCAAGAAUCAUUAUAUCCCAUAGACGAUUACGGAGCAAUUUAUACAUCAGGAAUAAUAGUAUUUCGUGGUACUGAAGAUCAAGGUUAUCCAUAUUUGCAGCGACCACUUUAUGAUGUAUGCGCAAUAGCAGUUGCUGGAUAUCGUGAUCCACCAAUACAGAAAAAUAAACAGCGACUCACAGCGAAACAUGAUCUAAGAACUCGUAAAAAAAUUGAAACAUUAUUUGCCAUUGCUUUUAAAAAUCGACAUGAUUCAUUAGUGUUGUCUGCUUUGGGCUGUGGUGCGUUCAAAAAUCCGCCCGAACAUAUUGCUUUAAUAUUUAAAUCAGUCAUUCUUCAAUAUGCUGGCUUUUUCAAAGAAAUAGUUUUUUCAGUCAUUGACGAUCAUAAUACAGGUCAACGUUUAAAUCCCAAUGGUAAUUUUAUUCCAUUCCAACAAGUUCUGGAUAACUUUGUUGCACAUCCACCUAGUGUUCAAUCUAUUGGAAUGUCAAUAGGACCAUAUCGUUUGGUCCGUUCAAAAGCAAAUAACAACAUCGCAACGAUCGAUGAAUUUAUCAUUGGUAAUGUACAACCUUGUGAGCAAGCUGCAUAUUGUGACAAAUUAAACGAUGAAAAUCAUUGCCAAGAAUUUUCUCAUCCUUCACUAUGCCCACUUGGCGCUGAAUGUACUGAAAAUACGGAUGAUGUACAUUGUCGAAUGUUUAUUCAUCGACAAAAAUGUCGUGAUGGUGGUCAAUGUCUUACUUCUAAUGCUCGUCAUUUGGCUGAUUUUGAUCAUCCUGAAUAUUGUCCUGAUGGAGGUCAUUGUACCAAAAUGAGGACCGAUCAUUUAAAUCUCUAUCGGCAUGUACCAUUAUGUAAAAACGGUAUUGACUGUGAUCUUAAAUAUACAGAGAAAGAACUACAUUUGGCUAACUUUCGUCAUUGUCAACGUUCAUGUGAAUUUGGUGGUACCUGUAUUCGUUUUAAUGAUCAAAAACAUAUUACUGAUGAACAACAUCCAUUCAACACCCCAUGCCCAUACACACCUUUUUCUUGUAAAACAUUUGCUAAAUUUCUACAACCAAGUAAUGAACAAAGCAAUUUAUCAAAUCAAAAUGAAAUGAAUGAAAUUAAAAGACAUUGCUAUCGUUAUUCUCAUAUUUGUCCUUGGGGUCGUCUAUGUAAUGAUAGAAGUGAAGAACAUUUAUCAAUGGUAAUUCAUAUAGCUCGAUAUAUGUGUCCAGAUGCAAAUAAUUCCUGUACUCAAAUAAUGCAAGAAGAUCAUCUUGACUCAUUUAGUCAUUUCAAUAUACGAGAUAUUCGUUUGUUAUGCCGUUAUCCUGGAUCAGAAUGCCGUGAUCGUACAAGAUCUGAUCAUAUCAUUAAAUAUCGACAUAAUUACACAUUAGAUUAUUUGGGUGUAGCACAAUAUUUUGCAUUAAAUAAACAAAUAAAUUUUGUUCAAAAUCAAAUUAAAAUGACAAAAAUGAUUCGGGAUUAUGUUCAAAAUACAUAUAAUAAAGAAUGGGAAACAGUUUCUGUUCCACAGAAUUUAUUAGAAUGGAUUGGUGCUCUUCAACCUAUUCAUCGAUGUUCAGCAGCUAUUUUUGAAUCAAUUCUUGUACAUGGUCAUGUUAUGAGUCGAUCUCAUAUGGAAAGAUUGAAAGAUGCAACAUUUGUUGCUGAUACAGUCGAUCAACAUAAACGUAUACGAAAACUACUUGCUAGUCAAGCUCCUUCGCUUCAAAAAGACGCUCGAGAAUUUAUUGAAGCACUUGUUCGUACUGAAUUUAAUAAUGGCAUAAGUGACGGCAAAAAGCAAACAACAGAAGGCAAUAAUCCCGAAUCGUUACAAUAUCUUAUUCAUUCAAAAGAACAAAAUCUGAAACUGAUACUUCAAAAAUCUGAUUUAGACGAUAUUCGUCUUUGUGCCAGUCAGGUAGCUCAAGCAUCCAUUAAACUACAUUCUACGAAGACAGGUAUUGGGUUUAAGGGUGAUCUCGAAUUUGGCACCAAUCAACAAGUAUUCGGUAUUCUUGGUCCGCAUUCAGCUCAGUAUUAUGGUGAUAUUGUUAUUAUCUUUAAACGUGAUGUUAUGUUACAUCCUGACUCAAAUUUUACGAUGCAAGCAGCUACUAUGUAUACAGAGAAAACUUAUCAAUGUCGUCCAUGGAUCAAAGAUCCAGGUUCAUCUGAAAGUCAUGUCAAACAAUUCCAUUCAACAAAACUUCAUUGUUCAAUACCUGGCUAUGAUUAUGUCACUGCUUUAGAACUCAUGGCUAUCACUGGAUUACAAAAACAAACGAUGCAGGUUGAUCUUGCUAGUGUUAUACGCCGUUGGGAAUUCAAGGAUGGCCAUCAAGUAAUUGAAGCACAUCUACCACAGCUGAUACCUUUAAGUUAUAUCGAAUAUAUUUUCAUGCCGAAAAAUGUUUUUGAUUUACUACCAGUAGAAGCUCAAAAAAAUGCUCGCGAGUUAUUUCCGCAUAAUCUAAAAGUAACAACACAUGAAGUAGAUCUUACUAUUGAUCCGACGAAAUUCGGUAAACCAGAUAAUUCACGAGAAGAAUAUGAAAGUUAUGUGGCUGAACAAAUAUUGAAAUUCAUCAAAAGACAACAAGAACAAAAUGCAACUUUGUCAAAUUCUCGGCUGUUAUCAUCAUAUGGAAUGACAAUAACUGUACCUGCAUCACAUUUUGAAACUUGUGUUACUAAUUCUUUGACCAUUACGCAAUCUUAUAAUAAUUCCAAAUCUAAUGAAGGUAUCUACAUUUAUUGGAAAGCACUACGAGGUGAUUUUAUGGUAAUAUUAACUAAUGAAAUGAUUGAAUCUAAGAAAAUUCAACAUAAUCUUGUUUAUUUAACAUGUUACGUUGCAUCAUUUGCUACAAGUGUUAGCGGUGAUCUUAAUUAUAAUGAACGUCAUUCAUAUAUAAGUCAUCGACCUCCGUCAUCACAUGAAACUGUUCUUGAAGGACAACAUUUUAAAGUUGGAUCAAAUACAUUUCAUAAGGGUUGUAAUGCUGAUGAUUAUAUUCUAUAUUGCUUAAAAUUAAAGCCACAAACAGGACAAGUAUCAUUAAUGAAUGCAGGUAUCAGUGGUAUUUAUAAUCGUACAAUAUUAAAGUGUACAUUUGAUCGAAAUGAAUUAGAUUUAACUUCACUUGAUUAUAUUCAUGUGAGUGCAGGUCGUCAAAGUAUUUCAAUACGAAAUUUAGUUAUUAGUCAUGAACUGAUCCCUGGAGCUCAUCCGCAAUUUGACAAACAGUUCGCCCCGCAUAUCAAUAAUACUGACUCUGCAGAUACUGGAAAUAACAACGAUGGUACAUUCGUAUCACGUAUAAUAAAACCGAUUAAACAAAUUAUCGAUCGCGUAUUUCAUGGAAAUGGAGAACAAAGAAUCGACGAUGAUGAUAAUCAAUUACAAGAUAAUCAACCAACGAAACAUCUCCCACUAUGCAAAGAUUCAAUUUAUUGUCUUGAUCAAUAUUCCCAAGAAAAAUCUCUAACUCAUAAUCAACAAUAUUCACAUCCCUGCCGUUUCUCCGAAUUAUGCCGAUAUAUCAGUAAUACACCUCAUUGUAUACAAUUUACUCAUGGGAAACAUGAUGUGUCCAUGUGUGAUUACGAUAAAAAUUGUCGCAGACUGAAUGAUCCUCAGCAUCGUUGUUCUUAUCGACAUACUGGCUUACCUGAUUAUUUAUAUCCUUGUCGAGACCAUAGACAAUGCCGAAAUUCAUCAUUUGAACAUCGAAAGACGUUUUUCCAUGGUGAACAAAUCAAUCGACCAUCAUUGAUUCAAAAUACUUCGAAAGAUGCGUCAAAAUCAAAAAAUACUUUGCAACUAAGUAAUUCUCAAAAUUUAGUUCAACAGCAUAAAUCUCAUUCAUCUCAAUCGAUCCGCACUAACAAGCAGACUAGAUUUCAAGCACAAUCGCAUACAAAUGAUUCUUCUUAUACAUCACAACAACACCGUUCCUUUGUAUGGGUACCCGAAGAUGAAGAAUCUGAUGAUGAGGAUUUGGUAACAAGUUUUUACAAUGAUGACGCAGGUAAAAGUAAGAUUACUAAUGCUGGUAGUUAUGAUCAAUAUGGUAAUCCAAUAGGAAGAACUUAUGAUUUGGGUCGAGAUGGUGCAUAUAAGAAUUUUAGUAUUUUGAUUGCACAAUUUUAUGCUGACGCACAAUUCAAUGACGCGGCCAUGAAGAUAGUGGUUGAUGCAUUAAGCGUCAAAGGGUUUCAAGUAAAACAUGUAAAAACUGAGAAUGAAUGUAUAACAGAACUUGCUUCAAAUCGUUAUGAAAUCGCUUGGAUUAUAAGUACGAAUCAAAUUCAAAAUACUAACUUUAUUUCAGCUCUAACAAAAUAUCAUUCAUCUGGUGGAGCUAUAUUUUUAUUUGCUGAUAAUACACCUUAUGUAUGCCAUGCAUCCGAGUUUCUUAGAACAAAAUUCGGUAUAACUGUAGAUGGCAAUUACUAUGGUGGAAAAACAAUGACAUACAAAGAGAAUGGUCAUCAGCAAACUGGAAAUUUCGGUCAACAUUUUAUUUUUACUGGAAUAGAAAAUUUAUUUGAAGGUAUCACAAUAUGUCAUCCAGUCUAUUCAACACCAGCAAGUCGUACAGUAUUCGUUCCAAUAGCAACAGCCACUGAUGGUAAUACUAGUAUCGCCUUAUAUGAUCCACCGUCAACAUCGACAGAAGGACGGUUGUGUUUAGAUUGCGGUUUUACCAAACUGUACAUCAAUUGGGAUUCUGCGGGAACAGCACGUUAUAUAGUUAAUGCUAGUUGUUGGCUGUUGGGAAUUGAAAAACGUUUGAAAAUAAAGAAAAAUAAGAACAAAAAAUAA